AUGGAUGAGUCUACUCCGCGCGCCUCGGUGCUCUUCGGCCGAGAUGGCUCCUAUGCCUUGCUAGAAGUCAUCGGAAGGGGAGCGUACGGCACAGUCUACAAGGGUAUAUGGCGAGAAGUCGGGAGGCAUGUCGCCGUCAAACGCGUCGCGAGGAGCCGUCUAUCCCCGGACGAGGACAAGGCCCUUCAAACCGAAAUCCAACUCUUCAAGAAUCUAAAAGAUACCCACAUUGUCAACUACAUUGAAGCUGUCGAUGAUCCCAAUUCCGAGUAUUUGGAUAUUGUCAUGGAAUUCGUCGAAGGGGGAAGUCUGCACAAUAUCGUCGAUGCCAUUCGAAGGAGCAAAGCCAGGGGGUCCAGGGUUUUCGAUGAAGCAGUAGUAGCGGGUUAUGUGCGCCAGGUCAUCUUGGGUUUACGCUAUUUGCACAAACAGGGUGUUGUACACCGAGAUAUAAAAGGUGCCAACAUCCUCGUCACGAAGGAGAGUCACGUCAAACUUGCUGAUUUUGGUGUCGCUUCUACGAAACCAGGAGCCGACAUGCUUCACUCUACAAACCCUCUUGACGUCGCGGGAUCUCCCUACUGGAUGGCCCCCGAGAUUAUCAGACUCGACGGCGCCUCAACUGCCUCUGAUAUUUGGUCACUAGGAUGCACGGUAAUUGAGCUGCUCACCGGUUUCCCACCGUACUAUGAACUCUCAGAUAUGACUGCCUUAUUCCGAAUCGUGUCUGAUGACUGUCCACCGCUACCUCCGAACUUAUCAACCGAGUGCGAGGACUUCUUGACAAAGUGCUUCAACAAAGACGUUACAGGCAGGGCAACUACCGAUGAGCUUCUGCGACAUCGCUGGCUUGCUCGAGAAGACGAGCCGAGCCACUCAACUGAUUUCAAUGCAAAACCCGAAUUGGACAACGCAGAGCAACAGCCAUCGUUGCGUGCUACCAGUGGAAAAAGCGGGUCUCAACGGAGCAAGCAGAGCGAAUUAUCUGCCAACUCGCAGGCCACACUAGGCAUGUACGAAGAAGAUGGCGAUGUCGAUUUUGAUGAUCUCGAUUUUAGCGAAAGCGAUAGAGCGGAUGGGGAGACGUCCGCAGGGGACGGCUUCAACGAUGGUACAGGAAACCAUCUUGUUGGUGAGAUAGGCUUCGCGGGAGAAGAACUUGGUGGUUCUAUGGGUACUGUCGAACAAGACGCUAGUAUUGCUGACGGGGGUAUGCAGCGUGUGAGCAUUCGCGAUGAUCCAUUCCAGGAUAUAAUGGACGAUCCUGAGGUUGAUCGAGAACGAGAACGCCUCAGAAAGCAAAAAGAGCAUUGGGAACUGGUGAAAGCCCACGCAAGGGGUCUCGGCCAAGAAGACGACGUGCACAUCGCUGCCUGCAGGACUCUCGUAGAGAUGUUCAAGGGAAAUCCGGAACAAAGGUAUUAUCUAAUCUAUGACCCAGGCCUCUUGCCUCUUCUCGAAGCACUAGAGAGUGGUACAGCUCGAAGCGGUCGCGUCAUAGAAGCUAUGUUGGAAGUGUCCUUGAGCUUGUUGGAAGACUCCAGUACGGAGUGUGGCACAGAUAACUCCGCGGAACAAUCGAAAAAGGCUGGAGCUCAGAACACGCAGAUGUCGUUUUUUGGAUAUCCGAGAGUUUCUGAUAUUCGGGAAGACCUCUGUCUGAGUGGCUUCUUACCAAUUAUAAUUAGGUACUGCCAGACUUCCUAUCCGUUUUCUGUUCGGCGCCUAGCAUCUCGUUUUCUUGCCAACGUGAUGCGGUUGGAGCGAACACGGCAUAUGUUCAUAGCCUGCCGAGGGUUCAAAGCUUUUGUUGACCUUUUGGAACCUGACAUUGUAUCUGCUGGUGAGUUGUCCACAACCGCCCUCGAAGGUAUUGAUAUUUUAUUAUCCAUGGAGAACCAACGACACAAGCGAGACUUUUGCCGUAGAUUUGCAUGGAAUGGCCUUUUGGAACGAAUAACAAAUGGCAUUACUUUCAACAUGGACACACUACACACGCUUGCUACUAUGCGGAAUAGAGACGAUGAACUGAGAACUCAGGUGCAGGGGCAUGUUAUCAAACUCGCUGCUCUUCUGCAAACAUUCGGAGCGCGUGCAGAUCCGUUCGUGAAGGAGCAGAUGAUCAGGCAAUCUGUUCUCGAUCCGAUAGUAAGGCAGAUCGCGAAUCGAGAUGUCCCUGUAGCUGCCGCUCUAUCCAUUCUAUGCAGCGUUCGGGAUCUAUCUCGGGACCCGCAGACUCACCAUGCCCUUCAACAAGCGUCAGCAAUAGGCACGCUCGUGGAGUACCUUUCCAUCGAUCAGGAUAGCGUGGUCGGGACGAAAGCAAGGCAUUUCAUCAUUUCUUCGUUGCACAACUUGUGCAUUGUCUCAGCAGGGCGGCAAGAGGCGGCAGCCCAAGCUGGACUGGUACCGCAUCUACAGCGAUACAUUCGGUCACAGGAUGUGAACUUGAAGUCUCUCUGCAUUGACAUGUAUUCAGGGCUUGCUUGUGCUGGGCCACUGACGCGCGUGGAGCUGUCAAAGCACAACGGUGUGGAAUUUUAUAUCGACUUGAUGAUAUUGCUCUCAGCCCCAGGAACAGUGCGAAAAUGGCAAGCACGUGUGUUGCAGUCUUUAUCCGAAUGGCUGGAUGACGCUUCACAAUCACAGGCGGUGGAGAAGUGCCUCGUAUUGGAGUCCAAUUGCACAAGGAUGUGUCAGACGCUUGCUCAGCUGCGUAUCAAGGACGUCGUUGGUGUCCUUGAACCGUAUCUCAAAAUGAUAACAAUUUCGGACAAGGUGAACACAGUAUUUGGGGCGCGGCUGGAACUUGUCUCAUCAAUGGUGCGGUGGUUGGAGGAGAUGUAUCACGAGAAUUCGGGGUCAGCAGGGGGCGGGCCACGGAGCCGGUUGCUGCUCUUGCGGACACUGUUGGCGCACGCGCAAAGAUGGGAAAAAGGUUCUCGCAUCGCUGGUUUGAUAGCGGCACUGCGGUUGCUUCUUACUGAAGUGGUGCUAGUGAGUGACGAGGCAAUUACGGUUCGGGAGCAAGCUAGUCUUUUGCUAUCAGCGCUAGAUAGGACCGGGGUAGGGUUAUGUUGAGCGAGACAGGAAGGAUAGUUACGGGCAGUUUACUUUCUUGUUAGUGGCAUCUCGGUAUAUAACAUGUUGGUAGGAAGCGGGCGAGGGCUUUGUUGAGUAUGUACAUUGAUCUAAAUAACAGCUGAUAAAACGACGAAGACCAAGCCCUUUGGAACAUAAA